UCAUUAAGGUGUUGUAUUGGCUGAAAUAGCAUCACAUGUGCACUUUAUCGAGUGCGGCACUGGAGCAUUUGUGGUGACUCAUUUUAAACAACCCAUGCACUGCCUCCAACAGACAGCAGCCUAAAUGCCCGUACAUGUCUUUGCGUGGGCAGAAUGGCAAACUCAGACUUCUUGAUAAGCUACUUUCAGGUUCUUUUGCACCCAUGCAAAUUUUGACGAUACCCGUGCUACAGUACAUAUAUAUGGAUUUAUUCAGAUAGGUAUAUACCAAAAAGGAUAACAGGUAGAGGAGAGAUCACAGGUUAGAAGCUUCCAUGAAUGGGGUGGACCUCCCUGCCACAUGGGGGCGCUUGUAUGUAGCUCAGCCACCCUAUGGACCAUGCCCAAGUCCUGGCCUUUUGACCUCUUGGACAGAGUUGCAUUUUGUCCCAAGCUUCAAACAUUUGUUCACCGACUUUGCAAACUUGUUAUUUUGAUAAGACAGUAAAAACAUUCACUGUUCUUUGCUAAUAUGAGUGUGAGGGCACACAGACUCUCUGUUCUCUCCUGCAUCAGACAUAGAGAGAAAUCUGGAGGACCUGCAAGUCAAGCAUACAGAUCUGUUGAAAACUAUUUCCCAUUACAAUGCUAUGGACGGAUGUGCAUGCCUCACUGGAUGGAGAAUACACCAGGGAAAGUGUUACUUCUUCUCCACUGAGAAGAUGCACUGGUCUCAAAGUCAGGAGUACUGCACCUCGAAGGGGGCAAAUCUGGUCAUCAUAAACAACCAACAGGAACAGAAUUUUGUGUCGUCCAGGAUUAAUGAGACGCACUGGAUUGGGCUGAGCGACCAGGACACAGAGGGGCAGUGGGUCUGGGUGGACGGGACGCCUCUUGACAGAAGCGGAACCCAGUACUGGUGGGCAAAGGAGCCGGACAACUGGAUGGGCUCAGGGGACCCGUCCGGAGAAGACUGCGCCAGUCUGGGGGACCACAACGGAAACCUUGAUACCUGGUUCGACGCUUCUUGUGGAAAAAUAAAAAAGUUUGUCUGUGAAACACUGCCACGAAUUUGAACGAAUCAGGCCUAGAAUAUCUUGUUUCGCCCUGAGGUGGCUAAUCAGUAGCCAUAUCCUCUGAAACACUUAUAAAAAGAGUAAUAUGCUGUCAGUAUUUUAAAGUUCAUAUUUAUAUGUGUCCAUGAAAACAUCAGCAGGCUAAGCAUUUUUUGUCAGUGCAGUGGUCAUUUUUCUAAAGCUGUGCUUUCCUAUUAAAACAAUUGUAUGUUUUAAAAAAUGUAUAUGCUUGAAAUGUAUGCAUUUUAAGCACAUUGAUAACAUUUAAAUUUUCGGUUUUAUACUAUCUGAGCUAUUUUGCCAGUGUGCCAUUUGCAUUGUGUGCCUGUGCGUCACUCUGGAUGAGAAAGUCUGUUAAACUCAUGUUAUGUCAUUCUGGAUGUUUCCAUAAGUGUCUCUUGUUUCAUUUGUAUUUCUAGCAUUUGUUGUGUCUGCAGAUUUUGUGCUGUGGGUACUGUUUGUAAUAUCCAUAGUAAUUAAGUGCUGUAAAUGUACCUGUGGACUCCCUGAUGUGUCCUGUGGUAUAGUCUUAUGUUGGCAGUUAUGUACAAAUCAUUUUGCUUCUUUAUGAACAUUAUGUUUUUAAAUAUGUCAAAUCUGCCCUAAACUGGAGUAUGUCCAGACUUCUUGGGUCAUGUACAGGUAAAGGUGUAAAUAAAUGAGGAGGUCACCUACAUGCUGAAGGGGCAUGACGCCUGUGAUGAGUGUCUGGCGCCCUCUAGUGUUCUGUGUUA